AUGACCAAAACAUUUACCGCAGCCGAAGUCGCAAAGCACAAGACUCCCGAGUCCGGCCUAUAUAUCAUCGUUGAUUCUGGUGUGUACGAUAUUACCGACUUUAUUGAGGAGCACCCCGGUGGCUCUAGAAUAUUGAAAAGGGCUGCUGGCAAGGACGCUUCAAAGCAGUUUUGGAAGUACCACGGAGAUAGCGUCCUGAAGAAAUAUGGUGAGAAGCUAAAGAUUGGUGAGGUCAAGGAGGAGGCGAAGCUAUAG